UCAGCGCUGUCCGGCGGUGCCGCGCCAGGAGGAGUCGCCGCUGCUCCGCGCGGGGCCGGGGCCGGGGCCGCCGCUACCGUCGGCGCAGCCCGCGGCCGCAGGACCACCAUGCCGCUGGGACACUCCGCGCCCGGCUGGAAGAAGAGGACCGAGGACAUUCGCCGCAUCUACGACUUCCGAGAGGUCCUGGGCACGGGGGCUUUCUCUGAGGUGGUGCUGGCAGAGGAGAGGGCAACCCAGAAGCUGGUGGCCAUCAAGUGCAUCGCCAAGAAGGCACUGGAGGGGAAGGAGGCUGGCAUUGAGAAUGAGAUCGCCGUCCUGCACAAGAUCAAGCACCCCAACAUUGUGGCCUUGGAUGACAUCUACGAGAGCAGCAGCCACCUCUACCUCAUCAUGCAGCUGGUGUCGGGAGGGGAGCUCUUUGACCGCAUUGUAGAGAAGGGUUUCUACACCGAGCGUGAUGCCAGCACGCUGAUCCGACAGAUCCUGGAUGCUGUGCGCUACCUGCACGACAUGGGCAUCGUGCACCGGGACCUGAAGCCCGAGAACCUGCUGUACUACAGCCUGGAGGAAGACUCCAAGAUCAUGAUCAGUGACUUUGGGCUUUCCAAGAUCGAGGGCUGUGGCAGUGUCAUGUCCACCGCCUGCGGGACACCCGGCUAUGUGGCCCCUGAGGUACUGGCACAGAAGCCCUACAGCAAGGCAGUGGAUUGCUGGUCCAUCGGGGUCAUCGCCUACAUCCUGCUCUGUGGGUACCCCCCCUUUUAUGACGAGAACGAUGCCAAGCUUUUCGAGCAGAUCCUGCGGGCUGAGUACGAGUUCGACUCACCCUACUGGGAUGACAUCUCGGAGUCAGCCAAAGACUUCAUCAGACAUCUGAUGGAAAAGGACCCUGACAAGCGCUUCACGUGCGAGCAGGCCCUGCAGCACCCCUGGAUUGCUGGGGACACAGCCCUGGACAAGAACAUCCACCAGUCAGUAAGCGAGCAGAUCAAGAAGAACUUUGCUAAGAGCAAGUGGAAGCAAGCCUUCAACGCCACGGCUGUGGUGCGACACAUGCGGAAGCUGCAGCUGGGAACGAGCCAGGAGGGCCCUGGGCAGAUGACACCGAGCAGCCCCUGCCAUGGCCAGUGGCUGGGGGGGGGCUCCAGCACCAGGUUGGAUUGUGAGCGGGUGCCAGCAAACAGAACCCCCCGCCUGCCCCCUGACUGAGGGGGUCUGGAGAUCCCAUGGGCACAACACAGGGUAUGGGGUGGGUCCACGGGGGUCCUGCUGCCUCCCCAUCUGCUCCCUUUGGGAGGGAGUGGUAGUAAGGGAGGGCAACCUGCCCUGCUCCUCACCAUCUCCUGGAGUGAGCCCCAUGGCUGUGGAGCAUGCAUGGG